AUGAUUGUCAUUACUUGUCCCGUGUGUAUUCGCGAGCGAACGAUGAAGGUGCCGGCGGGGACGAUUCUCGUCGCUUGUUUCGCGAUCGCGGCGCUGGAGGAUCCGGCCGCGGGCCUCGAGGUCUCGUCGAAGGUGGACUUAGAUUCGGACGAAAAUCGAGAUACAUUAAGUAAUACGGCCUCCGAUGCGUACGAGGAUCCGAGCGAAUCUGAGUACACAUCGGUCUCGCGUGCGUUCAUCAAACAGCCGGCGGCCGCUUGGCGUCGUGAAGGCGAGCUGGUGAAGCCAGCGAGAGAACAGAGAAAACGCAGGAUUUAUGCGGAACGAGACGACCCGUCCAGCCAGCCGAAGGUUAUCAAUAAUAUUCGGAUCGUCGUAAACGGCAACGACAGCCUGCCAAGCGUGAGCUCUUGCAAGCACGGCGUAUGCAACGUGUCCGUUUCGUCGAAGCCCGACGGAAAGGGGAACAUCGUGACCGAAGUGCGCCUCAGCAUCGUCACGAGGGCAAAGCCGGACGUUCGGAUCAACGAAGUGCCCGUGGUUGUCGGUUUCCGGGGCGCCAAUAAGGAAUCGAACGAGCGACCGAUCUUUUAUCCGACGAACGCGCCCAACUUACCGCAUUUGCACUUGCAUCGCGAUUAUAUUCCACAGAUUCAAUCGAAUUACCAGGGAUACGGCGAGCCGUGGUAUCAGCAUCGACGGAACUUCCAACGACCCCCGACGUAUCGGGGUUACCAGAAUUUCGGAGAUCGCGGCGACGGAUUUCGCGGGCGUGAUAUCUGGUCGCGAGGAAGAGCCACGAUGGACGAUAAAAUCGAGCCGCCGCUCAGCAAGACCAAAUCCAGCAACGACACCGAUUCGUGAUCCUGCGGAAAUCGUGAUGUCCUCAC